AUGGAAGAUGAUAUCCAGCUGCCACUCUCCUCGUCGCCAUCUCUCCACCUCGCCCACCCAAACCCCACCGAAUCCCGCCUCAUCUGCCACCAAACGGCGCCUGACUGGAAGGACGCCCUCUCACUCCCUCAAUACCUCGAGGAGUACGAAUUCUUGUUAACUGCGCCACUCGCGCGCAAUAACGGUAUCACGCCAUGGAUCCUCGUAGACAGAAACCAGGCCGAGGACAAGCGCACCAUCCUCGCCUCCUGCGAGACGUUUCGCAAGCGCGCACUGGUCGGUGAUCCUGACGGGAAUGUCACCGAUGUCAUUGCGCAUGGGAUCGCGAGUGUUUACUGCCAUGAGCCUCUCAGGAAAAGGGGAUAUGCAUCGCGGUUUCUCAGAGAAUUGGGCGAUGUUCUUCCCGGAUGGCAAGUUGAUAACAACACAUCUGUUGCUGCGAGUAUACUGUACUCUGACAUCGACCCGGGCUUCUAUCGCAGUUUAGGUUGGAUGCCGUUUGCGAGUGACCAGCUCGAGUUUAAGCCUUCAUCGAUAACUCACAAUGGUACGCUUCUACAUGCGGAAGAUUUAGCAGCUCUCUGCGAAAAAGAUGAAGCGCUUCUUCGAGCAUCAAUGUCAAGGCCAUCGCCUGACAAGGACUCAACCCCCCGAUUUGCAAUAUUUCCUAAUCACGAGCAUAUCCUCUGGCAUCACGCGAAAGAAGAGUUUGGCUCGCAGCGACUGUUAGGAAAGACCCCUCUUAUUAAAGGCGCCAUAGCUGGACCGGCUGGCAACCGCGUUUGGGCGAUCUGGACGCACCGAUUUUAUCGGCAUCCCGAUGUCGAUCCUUCGGCAAAUACGCUGUAUAUCCUGCGGUUUGUCGUUGAGAGCUCCAAGGCCGCCGCCGAGCAUCUAUGCGCUGUGCUGGAUGCGGCGCGGGCUGAGGCUGCGGAAUGGGGGAUGGGAAAGGUCAAACUCUGGGCUCCAGAGAGCGAGCUGGAAGACUUGAUUAAGCAGAGUGGUGUGCCGUUUGAGUGUAAGACGAGGGUAUGUGAUAGUAUACCUUGUUUGCGAUGGUACAGUGCAGGCUCAGUAGACUGGGUCCUGAGCGAGAAAUACGCCUGGUGUUGA